AUGUAUUCAAAAUACUUUUAUUUGAUUAUAUACCUGAGCAUACUUGUGAAUGUAAAAUCUCAGUCAACCUUUGAUGGCGAUGAUGAUUAUGAUACACAACAACAAAUACGCACAGAACCACUGAUUUUCAUCCGUCGACCACAGUCAACAGAAGUUACCAUUGGUAGUAAUGCAAUAUUUUACUGUAGUUCAUCAUCCAGUCCAAUCAUAUGGUCUAAAAAUGAUAUACCGAUAGGUCCAAGUUCAAAACAUAUGAUAACUAGUCAAUAUCUUCAAAUUGUAAAUGUUGAUGAAAAUGAUGAAGCAACAUAUGCUUGUACAAUACGGAAUACAGUUGAAAUGAAAACAACAUCAGCAAAUCUAACUGUACUCAUUGCUCCUCGCUUUUCUCCAUUACCCGAUACAUAUCGUCUUGGUUUGAAAAAUUUAUCUAUCGAAUUAAGAUGUCAAGUUCUUGGAAAUCCAAAACCGAAAAUUAUGUGGUAUAAAUCUCAUGUCAACAUUCGAUCAUCGCAUCGUAUGCGUUUACUUGAUGAUAGUCAAGUAUUACAGAUUAAUCAAUUACGAAAUGAUGAUGCAGGUGUUUAUACGUGUGUUGCAGAAAAUUCUCUUCGACGCAUUGUAGCAUCAACGGAUGUUCGCGUUCAAGAUCCUAUACCACCAUUGUUUUCUCGACGUAUGUCAAAUGUAACAACAUAUGACGGAGCAUCAGUUGAACUUGAAUGUACAGCAACUGGAGAUCCACAACCAAAAAUUGAAUGGUCUCGAGAUAGUAUUCCUAUUCAUUAUAGUAUUCAGUAUGUAUUAAAAGAAGAUGGCUCACUUUUACUUCCAAAUGUUACUGCUAAUCAAUCGGGCUAUUACAAAUGUCAAGCAUCAAAUUAUGCUGGAACAGAAAUUCAUUCAUUUUGGGUAACAGUUAUUAAUGAUAAUCAAAUUACUGAUGAACUUAUAGAUCGUCUUGUACAGCAAGCAUCAACAGAAGUAAAUCGUGCUGUUUCAGAAACAAUUCGUCAUUUACAAGAUCGUCGUCGGCCACGAACACCAGGAGAUUUAAUGUCAUUAAUGAAAUUUCCUAAACCAUUACAAUUAACAUUGGCUAAGACAGAAGAUAUUUUUGAACGAGCACUUGAUCUUGUGCAUCGAUAUGUUGAUAACAUAACAUUUCCAAGUGAAUAUGCCACACAUCAAAUGCGUACUAUCGAAUUUCGACCUGAUCAUUUUCUUACAGCUCGUCAAUUAGAACGUCUUGCACUUGUAUCUGGUUGUGUAACGCAUCAAUUAAAAUCUCGAUGCAAUGAACACUGUAUGGCUUAUCGUACAGGAGAUGGAACAUGUAAUAAUUUGAAGCAUCCAUUUUGGGGUGCUUCAUUAACCGCUUUAACACGUUGGCUACAUUCACAAUAUGAAAAUGGUUUUAAUACACCACGUGGUUGGAACGAAAGUAAAUUAUAUAAUGGUUAUGUAUUACCAUCGGCACGUGAAGUGUCAGCAAGACUGAUUGCAACUAAAACUAUCACGCCUGAUCCAGCCUUUUCUCAUAUGCUUAUGCAAUGGGGACAAUUUCAAGAUCAUGACAUGUCAUUAACAGUGCAAGCAACAAGUAAUACACGUUUUUCUGAUAGUCUUCGUUGUAUAUCAUCGUGUUCAUUUGAACCGCCAUGCUAUCCUAUCCGUAUUCCUGACGAUGAUCAUUUGCGACAAGAGCGUGGUUCAUGUCUUGAAUUUGUACGAUCGGCUGCUAUAUGUUUAAGUGGUGAAACAUCCUUUGUUCAUUUACCAUAUCGACGUGAACAAAUUAAUUCGUUGACAUCAUUUUUUGACGCAUCAAAUGUUUACGGUUCAACUAUACAAGAUGCUUGGGAUUUAAGAGAACGAAGUUCAGGAAAAGGACUUCUUCGAAUUCACAGUACACCUGAAUUUCCUAAAGGAUUACUUCCCUUCAGCACUGAUACACCUGUUGAUUGUCAACGUGAUCGACAAGCAUCACAAAUUGGUUGUUUUCUUGCAGGAGAUCAUCGAGUAAAUGAACAAGUUGCUUUAACUGCAAUGCAUACAGUUUGGGUACGACAACAUAAUCGUUUAGCUAGACGACUUAGUUCAAUGAAUCCAAAAUGGUCUGAUGAACAAGUUUAUCAAGAAACACGAAAGAUUAUUGAAGCACAAUUACAAAUAAUAACAUAUAAACAUUGGUUACCAUAUAUAAUCGGUGAUGAAGGUAUGAAUAUGCUUGGAUCAUAUAAAGGCUAUAAUCGAAAUAUUAAUCCAUCGAUAUCAAAUGUUUUUGCUACUGCCGCAUUUCGCUUUGGUCAUGGUCUAAUCAAUCCAGUAUUUUAUCGUUUAAAUUCAAGUCUGGAACCAAUUCCUGAAGGAAAUCUACUACUACGAGAUGCAUUUUUUUCGCCAUGGCGUGUUAAAGAACAAGGUGGUAUUGAUCCAUUAUUACGUGGAAUGUAUGGCGUAUCAGCAAAAAUAAAGUUACCUCAACAAAUCCUCAAUGUUGAAUUAACGGAACGUUUAUUUCAUAUAACACGUGCUAUAUCACUCGAUUUAGCUGCAGCAAAUAUUCAGCGUAGCCGUGAUCAUGGUUUACAAUCGUAUACAGCAUGGCGAAAAUUUUGUCAUUUACAACCAGAUGAAAUACAUGAUUUUGAAGAUUUACGUAACGAUAUAUCUGAUGUACAAACACGUCGUACACUACGUGAUGUUUAUAAACAUGUUGAUAAUAUUGAUGUUUGGGUAGGUGGAAUACUUGAAGAUAAUCUACCUGGUGCAAAAGUUGGACCAUUGUUUCGUUGUUUAAUUGCUAAGCAAUUUAAAGCGCUUCGAGAUGGUGAUAGAUAUUUUCAUGAAAAACCUGGAAUAUUCACAUCUCAACAAAUGAACUCACUACAAAAAACCACACUAGCUAAAGUACUUUGUGAAAAUGGAGAUCGUAUUGAACAUAUACCACGAAAUGUAUUUUUAAAUGCAUUGUAUCCACGUGAUUAUGUACCAUGCUCACAAAUUGAAGAUAUUGAUCUUGAACCAUGGCGUGGAUGUUGUAAUGAAAAUAUGGUUGGAAUAAAUGCAGUUUGCAAUAUUCCGGCUAUUCUUUCAUAUGAUCCAUUUCCUAAUUAUGAACCAGCCAGAUCUAAAACUGACAUACGGCAAAAACGAGAAAUUAUCGAAGGCGAAAAACCGGACGAAAUAGACGAUAAAAUGCAAACAAAAGAAGAUCAACUACAAUUAGACGGGCUUCGUCAACAAGUCAAUGAAGUCUUAAAGAAGUUUGCAACUUUUGACAAACGUCUAACAACUGGUACACAUUGUUAUGAUCAAAAUACAGGAAAACUACAUGAAAAUGAUACAAAAUGGCAUGUUCAUAAAUGUCUUGUUUGUCAAUGCAAAGAUGCGACAAGUCUAUGUGAAGUUAUCUGUUAA